CUGCCACCAGAAGUGCGGCCACCGGAGCUCCCUGCACUUCCCUGGGGACGUGUUUGCCACUCCCGAGCGGGGCGGAGGCAGCCCUGCCCAGGGUCCCAUACCCUACCUGGACGACGACAUCCCCUUGCUGAAUGUGGAGGAGGAGCAAGUGUCGCUGGAGCUCGGAGAUGUGUCCCUGGUGUCUGUGCCUCCUGUGGGCCUGCAGCCUCCCCCCGACAGGGGCAGCCGGGGCCACCUCAUCAUACAGCUGCAGGAGCUGCUGCACCACUGGGUCCUGUGGUCAGCCGUCAAGAGCCGCUGGGUGAUUGUGGGGCUCUUCGUCUCCAUCCUCAUCCUCUCCCUAGUGUUCGCCAGCCGGCUCCGCCCCGCCAGCCGGGCGCCGCUGCUCUUCCGGCCCGACACCAACAUCCAGGUGCUGCUGGACCUCAAGUACAACCUGAGCGCCGAGGGCAUCUCGUGCAUCACCUGCUCAGGUCUGUUCCAGGAGAAGCCCCGCAGCCUGCAGAACAACAUCCGGACCUCCCUGGAGAAGAAGAAGCGAGGCCCAGGCCCGGGAGUGCCCUGGGCCGGCCGGCCCGAGGCCGCCCCACAGGACGCCCCAGGCACCGUGUACGUCUCCAGAGUGAAGAGCAAAGGCCACCCUGCUGUCUACAGGCUGUCCCUCAACGCCAGCCUGCCCGCCCCCUGGCAGGCCGUGUCCUCCGGGGACGGAGAGGUGCCCUCCUUCCAGGUGUAUAGAGCGCCUUUCGGUAACUUCACCAGGAAGCUGACCGCUUGUAUGUCUACAGUAGGGCUGCUCCAGGCGGCGAGCCCCUCCCGCAAGUGGAUGGUGACGACCUUGGCCUGUGACGCCAAGCGGGGCUGGAAGUUUGACUUCAGCUUCUACGUGGCCGCCAAGGAGCAGCAGCACACGCGGAAGCUGUACUUCGCUCAGUCCCACAAGCCCCCAUUCCACGGCCGCGUGUGCCUGGCCCCUCCCGGCUGCCUGCUCAGCUCCAGCCCCGACGGGCCCACCAAAGGCUUCUUCUAUGUCCCUAGUGAGAAAGCGCCCAAGGCCCGGCUCUCGGCCACCUUCGGCUUCAACCCCUGCGUGAACACGGGCUGCGGGAAGCCAGCGGUGCGGCCGCUCGUGGACACAGGGGCCAUGGUCUUUGUGGUCUUUGGCAUUAUCGGCAUCAACCGCACGCGGCAGGUGGACAACCAUGUCAUCGGGGACCCGGGCAGUGUCGUCUACGAUGGCAGCUUUGACCUCUUCAAAGAAAUCGGACACCUGUGUCGCCUGUGCAAAGCCAUCGCCGGCAACUCGGAGCUGGUGAAGCCGGGCGGGGCCCAGUGCCUGCCGUCAGGCUACAGCAUCUCCUCCUUCCUGCAGACGCUGCACCCGGAGUGCGAGGAGCUGCCCGAGCCCAACCUGCUGCCGGGGCAGCUGUCGCACGGGGCCGUGGGCGUCAGGGAGGGCCGUGUGCAGUGGAUCUCCAUGGCCUUCGAGUCGACCACGUACAAGGGCAAGUCCUCCUUCCAGACCUACUCGGACUACCUGCGCUGGGAGAGCUUCCUGGAACAGCAGCUGCAGGCCUUCCCCGAGGGCUCGGCCCUGCGCCGCGGCUUCCAGACCUGCGAGCACUGGAAGCAAAUCUUCAUGGAGAUCAUAGGAGUGCAGAGCGCGCUGUCCGGCCUGGUGCUCUCCCUGCUCAUCUGUGUGGCGGCCGUGGCCGUGUUCACCACCCACAUCCUGCUCCUGCUGCCCGUGCUCCUGAGCAUCCUGGGCAUCGUGUGCCUGGUGGUGACCAUCAUGUACUGGAGCGGCUGGGAGAUGGGCGCUGUGGAAGCCAUCUCCCUGUCCAUCCUGGUCGGCUCCUCGGUGGACUACUGCGUCCACCUGGUCGAGGGCUACCUGCUGGCUGGAGAGAACCUGCCCCCCCACCAGGACGAGGACGCGGGCGCGCAGCGCCAGUGGCGGACACUGGAGGCCGUGCGGCACGUGGGCGUGGCCAUCGUCUCCAGCGCGCUGACCACGGUCAUCGCCACCGUGCCACUCUUCUUCUGCAUCAUCGCGCCCUUCGCCAAGUUCGGCAAGAUCGUGGCGCUCAACACGGCCGUGUCCAUCCUCUACACGCUCACGGUCAGCACGGCGCUGCUCGGCGUCAUGGCGCCCGGCUCCUUCACACGCACCAGGACCUCCUUCCUCAAAGCGCUGGGUGCCGUGCUGCUGGCGGGGGCCCUGGGCCUGGGCGCCUGCCUCGUGCUCCUGCGCAGCGGCUACAAGAUCCCCCUGCCCAGCGGAGCCUCCCUCUAGCCCGCGCGGGGCCUCCGUGCGCCGGGAGCGGCGCCAGCAGUGCACGCUGCGCGCUGUCCACGCUGCGGCCUUCCUCUGGCGCCAGGUGGGGCUGGGCCUCGGCACUGCUCUCUUCCCGUCGUCACUGCGGGCUCACGCCCGCACCUGGCCUGGGUGUCCCCACCAGCCCGUGGAAACUGAAACGCAAGACGCGGAGACUGCCCGCUGGCCUGGGUCUCCCUUCGCGCCUGCGCAGGAAGGCGCGGUGGGCGGGCCUCACCCAGGCCCUUCAGUGCCUGGCUGCAGACGACAGGGACCCAAUUUUGGGUUCUGCAUGUCCUACCCAGGACCCAGCCUCUGGGGCUCCUCGAAGAACCCCCCUGGGAGCUGUGGGGCCCCAGCCCUGCCCAGCCUGCUUCACAGACCCAAGCCCCCGUCUCCAUGACCCAGCUCUGCAGGUGUGUGGGGUGGCCCGUACCUGCCGCCUGCUCACGGCAGAUAGUUCCUGAUAAAGUGCAGUGACACUGCUGACGCCGCGUUUACACGGGCACUUGACCAGCGUCGGUGCCACCACACUCGCGACGACUGCCUGCAGCCCAUCAGAGCCCCGCAACAGGGAGGGCCCGGGACCUGGAAGGAGGUGGGGUGGGUGGAGGGUGCCCGCCCUCCGGGAACAAGGGCCGGAGCGCUCGGGGCACCCAGCGGGAGCUGAGGCACUUGGGGCCACCUUCAGAUGCCUGAUGCACCAGGCACUGGCCUUUUCUGGGGGGGCAGGGGGACAUUUUAUUUGUUAUUAGAGAGGCAGAGAGCUUUUCCGUCUGCUGGUUCACACCCCGAAUGCAACAGCCAGGGCUGGGGCAAUCCAGGUCCCCCGUGUGGGUGGUAGGGCCCCAAGUUCUUGAGCUGCCACCGCUGCCUGUCGGGGGGCGCAUUAGCAGGAAGCUGCAGUCGGGGAGCAGAAUCCAGGCCCUGCCCCAUGGGUGCAGGCGUCCAGCGAUAACCCUGGCACAAGCACUCGUCUAAAGUCUUUGGUCUGUGGCCAAAGCACCCAUCUGUGGUACUUUGUUAUGACAGCCACAGAAACUGAGCAAACCCAGAGACCUGUGUCAGCCACUGCUGCCCGCUGCCCGCUGCCCGCGCCCCGUCUGCACCGGGGAGGGUGGGCGUGGAGAUCGGGUUCCUGCACAAGGACUGCACGGUGCUCUGUGCCAGGUGUGCACCUGGGGAGGGGUCCCAGCUGUGCAGCUCUGCCUCACAGCCCCGGCCCCAGCCUUGGGAACUGCUUUCCCACCGUGAGGGCUCAGACCCGGCUCAGUCCCGGCUCAGUCUGUAUCCGGCUUCACCAAGCGUGCGGCUGGGGGUCGGAGCAGCGCUUGACACACUUUGGGACGCCUGCGUCCCACACGGAGAGCCUGCAUGUGAGUCCCAGGUUCCUUUCUGAUUCAGCCUCCUGCUAGUGCACCCUGGGAGGCAGCAGGUGACGGCUCCGUUGCCUGGUCCCUGCCACUCCCAUGGGAGACCUGGACUGAGUCGCAGGCUCCUGUGCAGCCAGUGCUGGCUGUUGAAAGCAUUUGGGGAAUGAACUGUGUGGCGUGUUCCA